AGCUGUCGUCUAAGUCGCGCUGCGCUUGCGCUGUGUGGAUCCAGAAGGAAAAGACCAGAGAGUGAAUCGCAUUAUCGUUGUUUUGAUGGCAAGGGCCACUGAACGUUCAUAAUAAUAAAGCAAGUGAAGAGGUUUUGUAUCAAUAUCGUUUUGGUUCGAGGAAAUGGAGAAGGUAGGUACCGCGUCAUGGCUUUCGAAGCUGUGAAUCAAUGCGAAAAAAUGUGAACAUUAGUGGCUACGAGCAAAGGUAGCUGGCAAUCAUUGGCACGCUAUUGUGAACACAAAUCCGUAAUGACAGCUGUUCACUUGUGGCAAUAAUACACAGCUGUAACGUUAGCAUAUUUUAGAAAGACAUUGCCACUCAGACAGCGUGCCGGCUAUUAAAAAUCUGGAUACGGUCUAUAGGGUUUUCAUAGCCUAUGCAUUAAAAUUAGAAGGUUAUGUAUUUGUUAUCGGGAUAGCCUGCUAAGUACUCGACCGAUAUACAUGCGCAUUAUAGUUGACAUUAAUAUAGAGCCUAUGAUAUUCAAAUAAAGGGCUCUCCUUAGGUUUUCAUGCGAUUAAAGGUUAAAUGGAUUGUCUUGUAAUAUUAAGCAAUUGACACCAAAUAAGAAAAUUAUAACAUAAGGAUAUUGUCAUCUGCCCAAAGCCAUUUAAUGUCAUUAUUUCAGCUCGUUUCCCUACAGAUCUAAUGUGCGCUUUUAUUAUUAUGUAUUGCUUCGUUCCAAAUGAAGUGUAGGCGACACAUGUAUUGGAAUAAGACAACUGUGUGAAGAGCACAGCAUGUUUUUAUGACGGGACGCCACACGGAAGACGCCGAGCCUCUGUCUUUUUUUAUUUUUUUUUUGUGUGGGGGGAAUCGUUGGAGUGGUUCGAUUCCCUGAAUAACAGCUUGGAUGUAAAGGGGACAUUACAGUAAGACAUUCCGAAGAUGCCCAAGAGGUGGACCACAGCAACGCCAUGCAGCUAUCUCCCGGUCGUCUUGUUGGUGCUCGUUCUGCCCAGAUGUAUACUGUCGAUCCGUGCCGACAAAACCAUCAGCAAGGAAGACCAUGUUAGUGCUACGGUCAAUGCCACCGUACUUGACUCAAAAGGCAAUCCUAAACAAAUUCUAACCAAAGACGAUGGCAUGUACGGACAGAAUUCACCGAAAGUGGACGCGAAAGGAAUCGUGAUUGCACCUGCACCGAAUCAUGGAGUGGUGGACCGCCAGGGCUGCGACCCCCACACUCGCUUCGUGGUGCCUCCCCGGACGGGGCACUGGGUGGCCCUGCUGCAGCGCGGCAACUGCACCUUCAAGGAGAAGAUCCUCAAGGCCUCGGCCUUCAACGCCUCCGCCGUGCUCAUCUACAACAACAACUCCAAGGAGGACACCGUCAAGAUGGGCCACGAAGGUACUGGCGACACGGUGGCAGUGAUGAUCACCGAGUCUUACGGCAAGGAGAUCCUGGGUCUGCUGGAGAGGAACCUGACGGUGCUGGUGAGUGUGGUGGUGGGCCAACACGGCCAGGCCAAGAACAUCAACCGUGGCUCCCUGGUCUUCGUCUCCAUCUCCUUCAUCGUACUCAUGAUCAUCUCCUCUGCCUGGCUCAUCUUCUACUUCAUCCAGAAGAUCCGCUUUACGAACGCACGUGACCGCAGCCAGGUAGGACAUAGACGUCGACUUGGAGAUGCAGCUAAGAAAGCCAUAGGGAAGCUGACAACCAGGACAGUGAAGAAAGGGGACAAGGAAACAGACCCAGACUUCAACCACUGCGCCGUGUGCAUCGAGGGAUACCAGCUCAACGACGUGGUCCGCAUCCUGCCCUGCAAACAUGUCUUCCAUAAGCUGUGUGUGGACCCCUGGCUGAAUGAGCACUGUACGUGUCCCAUGUGUAAACUGAACAUCCUCAAAGCUCUGGGCAUCAUGCCCAACCUGCCGUGCGUGGACAACGUCGGCUUCGACAUGGACCACAGGAUAGGACGCAGCCAGACGAUGGCCAGCCAGCGGACAGCCCUGGUGGACCUGUCCAGUGAGACAUCCAUCAGCCUGGAGCCCCUGCAGCAAGGCCACCCCGGCACUGGACCCCAGAUCCCCUCAGAGAGCGGAGAGCUCACCCCCCGCACCGGAGAGAUCAACAUCGCCGUCACCAGUGGCCACUUCUUCAACCGGAACUCCCUGUCCCCACUCAGUUUGGUCUGUGAGAUGGAGCUACCUGACACCCAGGCAUCGCUCGACCGCUAUGAUGACAAGUCGUGAGGGUCGUCGCCAUGGUUUCGACCCCCCGGCACAACAGCCUAGAUGACAGCCUUGACUAACCUGUGGAGCAAUGACAUGAUGACAUCAGAUACUUUCUACCAGUGCAGAAUGUACUAUUAUUGCCUGUCAAAAAGAAGAGGGGGGAUUAUCGUCCUCUAUUCUCCCCCUGGUUAGAUAUUCAGUAAAGUCCUUCCUUGACACUUUCAUUUCAACAACUGACUCUGACAUCUGUUUGUAGAUGCGGUAGUGGGGAAUUAGCCCUUUCUAGUCUUACUUUGCAGGAUCUCGGCGUAUCGUCCAUUUCAAGUGUGCUAGAAAUAAUAAACCACUUGUUAGUGCAGCCUACAAUAAAUCUGUAUAUAUGAUUAGCAAACCGUCAUUUCAUUUCGCUUCCUUUGGCUCUAAUGCAGUAAGAAAGGUAUCUUUCUUCCCUGGUGGACCAGUUGGCUCUGUUGUACUUACUAUGCUGCCUAAACGACAGUGGAGAGGAUAUUUUGACUGGUGGGACAUGUCCAGACAUGCCUAGUCUCUCCCUCUAUAUGGCCAUGCCUCAAGUGACUGGUGUAAUGCACCCACCAUGGUGACUGGGUUUAAGAAUAAGACCAGUGGAACAAUGGACAUGCAGUGAUGCAACAUUCUGAACUCUGUGAAAAGCAGUAUUACUUCCCUAUAGCAAAACCAAUGUCUCUGUAUAAAAAUUUGAAGAAAAAAAACAUUUUAACGUGUACUUAAAGCCUAUGAAAUAAC